UUCACAAAUUCAAACCUGUAAACAAUACAAACCGAACCAAUUCCAUAGGCAUCCAAGAAGAUUUGUCAAGCGCAUCAUGUUGAUCCAGACAUUCUCACUAAAUUCUUGGACAAUUUGAAAAUUCCAUUGCUCAACAAGAAAAACCUGCCCAACAGCAGGAUUCCGUUGCUCAACAAGAAAAACCUGCCCUACAGCUGGACGCCAUUGCUAAACAUGCUCAACAGCAGGAGAGGAAACGAAAACUAACCAGCCACAUUCCUAAUUCUGCUGAUGCAAUAAACAAUGUUUUGGAAGAAAUCACUCAGUUACCUGCAUCAAACAAGAUUCUUUAUGCGCAUGAUGAUCAAGAAAUUAUGACCAAAGAACAUUCUCACUAGUUUCUUUAUGUUAUCUGCCAUUACAAUGAAAAUUUGGAAAGUUCAUUUUCAAUGUCGUACACUGCUACUAAAGAUAAUUUCCCUUCAAUUUCAUCUAGUCAUGUGGAAUCAAAUGUUGACUCGUAUAACAUAGAAGAUAAUUCCCCUUUAUUUUCAAUCCAUAUAGUGUAAUAUAUAUUUUAGUAUAAUGCAAUGGUCAUCAAAAUAUAUAACUUCUAGUCCUCUAGUAUUCCGGAUAUAAUGCAAUGGUCCUCAAAAUAUAUAACUCCUAGCCCUCUAGUCUUCAUCUCUCAAUACUCUCAAUUUCUUAGAACACAGUUAUAGUUAAUUGGAAUCAGAAAAUGGAUGCAACCACAAAGGUGAAGAAAGGAGCAGGAGGAUGGAAGGGAGGAGGACUAAGGAAGAAGUCGGUAACCAGAUCUGUUAGAGCCGGACUUCAAUUUUCCGUCGGAAGAAUCGGUCGAUUUUUGAAGAAAGGAAGAUAUGCUCAGCGUGUUGGUACUGGUGCUCCUGUUUACCUAGCUGCCGUUCUUGAAUAUCUCGCUGCUGAGGUUCUUGAGUUGGCUGGAAAUGCAGCACGUGACAACAAGUGGAAGAGUAUUAGUCCAAGGCAUUUGUUGUUGGCUAUUAGGAAUGAUGAAGAACUCGGUAAAUUACUUGCUGGUGUUACCAUCGCUCAUGGUGGUGUUCUUCCUAACAUCAACCCUGUUCUUUUGCCUAAGAGGACUGAAAAUACUUCAAAGGAACCUAAAUCCCCAUCAAAGGCCAAGAAAACUCCCAAGAAAGCUUAGAUAUAUUUACAGACUUUGAAUUAUGUUCUGUGUUGAUAUGUCUUAAUCUUAGUCUAGGCGUCACUCUAUCUUUUUCUCUAAUGUAUAACAAGCUAGCAAUGUAAUUCCUGAUGUCUCUUUGUCAUGAGUUAAUGAAAUCCUUUUAUAUUUAGUCCACACAAUACUUCUGUUUGUUUAUG